AGCCGCCCGAAAGCAAGCAAGGACUUCCCGCUUCUCUCUCCCUUUGUCUGACUGAAUAAUACUUGCCGUUUCUUCUUUCAACAUUUGGACUCUUCAAAGUCAACAAUAAUAACGCAUAAAAUAUUCACUUCUUCUUCAUUUCUUUACCCCUCUCUCAUCGCAUAAACAAGUAAGUUACUUCUCUUUUUUCUUAACGAUUCCUUCCAUAAACAAAGAUCGAUUUUCACCAUGGAAGAUCGGCAUUUGUUGGAGAAAAAGGAAGCUAGUUCUGAAGCGGUUGAGAAGCUGCAAGCAGAUACUUCUGCAAUUCAGAUUGAAGAUCAGGAUAAAGUGGCGAAAGCUCCGAAUUCUGGUCAUGAUGGCUCUGAGUUAGAUAAUAAACAGGAUGAUAUAUCGGAUGCGAUCAAUAAUGAUGGGAAAGAGUAUUCUGGUGAUGAUAAGGUGGAGACGAAUAAAGAUUCCGAGGCUAAAAUUGAAGAAACAAAUCUAGAUGAUAACUCAGGAGGGAAUGAUUUGGCGAAAGAGAAGGAUGACAAUGGAGACAUUGAAUCCGCACAUGUGAAUCAGAAGGCGGAUGAGAUUCCAAGUGAGGACAGUGUUUUGGACCCUGUAUUUGAUGGAACUGAGGUUCCAGGGAUGGAAGUCAACCGGAGCACAUCUACUCGUAAGUUGGAAGGAGAUCAGGACGGUCCAGGUGUGGUUGAGAAGGCGGUAGCUCUUAAAAAUUUUGUCAGGGAGAAAAGUGCAGUGGCUGUCUCCACUAUGCUGCGCCGCCUUUCUGGAAAAAGUGAUGAUGCUUCUGUGGGUAAUUUUGAUGAUGAAAGCAAGGAAGUUUCAGAUACCUCAGAAGUUAACGAACCUAAAUUGGUUUCUCAGAAGUCGGUGGAGAAAUCUGCCUGGAAUCCCUUGAAUUAUAUUAAGAAGUCAUCUGAUGUUGGUGUGGAUUAUACUGUACCGCCAAUAGCCAUGAAAGGAAGGAUUAUUCUAUACACAAAACUGGGGUGCCAAGAAUCUAAAAUAUUUAGGCUAUUUUUACGUACAAAAAGGCUUAGGUUUGUGGAAAUCAAUAUAGAUGUAUACCCUAGUAGAAAGACGGAGCUGGAAAAGAUUUCAGGAUCUACCUCAGUUCCUAAGGUGUUUUUCAAUGAAAUACUUAUUGGAGGCUUGAGUGAGCUAAAAAACUUAGAUGAAUCUGGAAGGCUUGAUGAGAAGAUUGACUAUCUUAUUACUGAAGCGCCAUUGUUUGAAACGCCUUCACCACCUUUUUCUGGAGAGGAUGAUAAUUCCAGCAGCGGGGCAGUUGAUGAAUUGGCUCUUAUUGUACGCAAAAUGAAAGAAUCUAUUGCUGUGAAGGACAGGUUGUACAAAAUGCGCAGGUUCACCAACUGUUUUUUGGGUUCAGAUGCUUUAUACUUCUUAUCAGAAGAUCAAUAUUUGGAAACGCCAGAGGCUGUUGAAUUUGCUCGGAAGCUUGCCAGCAAACUGUUUUUUCGACAUGUUCUUGACGAGAAUCUGUUUGAGGAUGGUAAUCACGUGUAUCGGUUUUUGGAUGAUGAUCCAACUGUGGUCUCACAAUGUCACAACAUUCCUAGGGGCAUUAUUACCUUCAAACCGAAGCCUAUAGCAGAAAUUGCAUCAAGGCUGAGAGUUCUGGCCUCUGCAAUGUUUGAAGCCUAUGCUUUUGAAGAUGGGUCUCGUGUUGAUUAUACAAGUUUGCAUGGAAGUGAGGAGUUCGCAAGGUAUCUGAGAAUAGUAGAAGAGCUCCAAAGAGUGGAAAUAUGGGAUUUAUCUAGAGAAGAGAAACUUGCUUUCUUUAUUAAUCUUUAUAAUAUGAUGGCCAUCCAUGCAAUCUUAAUAUUGGGUCAACCAGAUGGAGCACUAGAAAGAAGGAAAAUAUUUGGAGAGUUCAAAUAUGUUAUAGGUGGCUCCACCUACUCACUUUCAGCUAUUCAAAAUGGCAUAUUGAGGGGAAACCUGCGGCCUCCAUAUAACCUUAAGAAGCCAUUCGGUGCAAAAGACAAUCGCUCAAAGGUAGCACUCCCUUACCCUGAGCCUCUGAUUCAUUUUGCUUUGGUAUGUGGCACCCGAUCUGGGCCUGCACUUCGGUGCUAUUCUCCUGGAAAAAUUGACGAAGAAUUAUUGGAUGCAGCUCGCAACUUCAUGAGAAGUGUAGGUCUUCUAAUUGAUUUGACUGCAAAAACUGCAUAUGCUAGUAAGAUCCUUAAAUGGUAUAGUAUAGAUUUUGGCAAGAACGAGGUUGAGGUGAUCAAGCAUGUGUCGAACUAUUUAGAUCCAGCUGACUCAGAAGUGUUAUUGGACUUGCUUGCUUCUUCUGAGUUGAAGGUGACAUAUCAACCUUAUGACUGGGGUUUGAACUGCUAGAUUUUGCUAUCAAAGUUAUGUAAAUAUGUCACUUUUAGAUUGAUUUUGAUCUUCUAUACACAAAUGACCAUAAAGAAAUCAAUGUUGUGUGUUGGCUCUGAUGAGUCUCUGUCUCUACAAAAGGGUAGAGUGGUAAAACUAGGAAGAGAUAUAAGGCCUAAGCAAAACAUGUUUUAAUUAUUUCCUUUGUUACAUUUACAGUCUUCAUUCUGCAUUUUCAUACUUAUUGCUUGGUGCAACUUAUGAUGGUUCAUCAACUCCUUGUACUCUGCAAUCUUGAACUUGUGAUGCAUCUGAAUUACUUCAUUUUUA